AUGUUUCGUGACCCAUCACAAGACCUAGUUCAGAUAUGUCAAGAUGCAUUUCAUUCAAUAGAAAAAUCAAUUAUAAAAUCAUUAUAUGAAUCACUCCCUGACCGAAAAGAUGCCAUAUUAAAAGCACAUGGAGGGUAUACUAAAUAUUAA